AGCCCCAUUGAAUGGGAGCCAGCCUGGCCCAGGAUUUGAGCGCUACUGGACUGACUCUGGGGACCUGGGCUCGGAUCCCUGCUCUGCCAUGGAAACCCACUGGGUUUCCUCCGAGGCUGAUAGAGAGUCACUUGGCCCCCCAAGGCCUUGCCAUGGCCUUCCUUUGAGGCUGAGAGAGUGACUUUGCCCAAGGUCUUACUACAGUAUUGACUUCCCUUGAAGCUGAGAGAACACUCAAACCACUACACCACACUGGCUCUUCGGUUCACCUUAGGAUCACCCCAAGUCAGAAACAACUUGAAGACACACAACCACAACAACAACAAUUCCCAUGAGCCCAGUCAGCAGUGAAGUCUGGAUGCCCUAAUCUAAGAGGAAAAGAAUCAUCACGGAUCCACUGCAAUGGAAACAGAAUUGCUGCUGGCACCUAUCACUGCUCUGGAGAUCGUGGGAGAUCAUCUUGUGGCAGGUGAAGGACCCAACAUAGCUAUCUACUCUCUGGAGCCUGAUGUCAUCCACUCAGUGAGAUGCUCUAAACAAGUCCUUCGGAGCUACAACAUCCAUGGUAUCAAGGAACAGCAAAAUGUGGUUCCAGAAACCAAAGCAUCCACCAGUGUGGCCAUUUUUGGAGGUAAAAGUCUUGUUGUCAUACGGCUCAGUUUCCAGGAUGGACUAGUGAACAUAACAGAGGUCUUUCCUCUCACUGAGAUACAUGACUGGAUCUGGGACUUGCAGUGGCUAGAGAGCAAAGCUGAGACGCCCAGCUGCAUGGCUUUGGCCCUGGGCCACAACUCAGUGGCCCUGUAUGACUGUAUUGGCCAGAGGGUCCUUCGAGAAGUGCACUGCCAAGAGAAGUGCAUCCUCUACUCCGCCCACUUGGUGGGAAGCAGCUGGGACACUUUGGUUCUGGUGGCAGGAACUGUCUUCAACCAGCUGGUGAUUUGGAGCAUGGAUGACCCAGUUGAGGGCCCAGGCAGGAUAAAGCCCCGCUGCAGGAUCAGUGGGCACAAAGGUGUCAUCUUCAGCAUUUGCUUCAUGGAGAGCAAAAAUAUCUUGGCUUCAGCCUCGGACGACAGAAGCCUGAGGCUGUGGGGCAUUGGUGACCUCAGAGCACCCCCCGAUCAUGUCCCAUGCUUGUUGGUCUGCUAUGGGCAUCAAGCAAGGGUCUGGUCUGUUAGGCUGCUGAGAGACUACAUCAUCAGCAUUGGGGAGGAUUCAGCUUGUCUUGUGUGGGACUACCAUGGUGAGAUUGUGCAGAGUUUCAUGGGACACAAGGGCCGUGGCCUUUGGGCCGUGGCUGUGCAUGAGGGGCGAGGCUGGGUGUUCACAGGCGGGGCUGACUCUGGUAUUAAGCAUUGGAACCUGAAGGGUCAGAGGACCGACAGGAAUGCUCUCGUACGACUGAACUUCUCUUCGCCUCAGAGAGAAGGAUCGCCCAGAGUGGUAAAACUUGUGGAUGUCAACCAUCUUCUGGUCCUGACUGAUGCUGGGACUCUCUAUGCCUAUGACCUGACCUCAAAAACAUGGGUGUUGAUCCUUGAGGAUUCUGCCUAUCGGUCCUACGGUCUCCUGGAAGUGUCUGAGCUUGUCGGUGGUUGCGUUUUGUGUGCCAUGGGUAAUCUGUCAGGACAGGUCAAAAUCUUCCCUCUCCACAGCCCCAUACAAAGCAUGGAGCUCCACUUGUAUGAGGGGAAAGUGCACAGCCUGAACUGGGCCCCCUUUCCAGGACAAGGCACAAAUACUUGCAGUCUCUGUGCUUCUGGCCCUGCUGGUGCUAUGCUAUGGCUGGAAGUUUCUUGCCACCCACAUGAAAGAGUGACUGUGGUGGUGAAGCAGUGCUUCCUCUUGCCUCUCUGCAAAAAGCGAUGGCACACCUGUGCUGUUUUCCUGCCCCAGGGGGAGUUUCUGCUUUGUGGAGAUCUCAGGGGCUCUGUAAUGCUGUUUGCAUGCAAGCCGGCUCUUACCUGGGAGAAGGUGUCGGGGAGACGUGAACUGGACCACUCUGAGUCACACGUUAUCUGUGACAUGCCUGAGCUAUGUUCUGAUGGCCCUGUCUCUCUGCUCUUUGGCCUUCAUGGGAAGCUUGGCGUGACUUCUGUCACCUGCCAAGGGGAUUUUGUCUACAGCACAGGCCGGGAUGGCUGCUACCGCCAGCUCCAAGUGCAGGGCCAGCAACUCCAGAUGCUCAGGAAGCACAAGCCCUGCAGAGGCCUGGAGUGGCUGGAAGAGCUGCGCUUUGCUCCAGAUGGGAGUACCUUGGUCCUAGGAUUCCAUGCUGCCCAUUUUGUGCUCUGGAGUGCCACCACCAAUGAGACACUGCUCCUUAUCCCCUGUGGUGGUGGCCACCGCUCUUGGAGCUACACCCGCUGCCUCUCUGCAGAGACCUUUGCAUACAUCAAAUCUGGGGACGUGGUGAUGUACCAAAGCAGUGAUGCGCCCAGUGGGCAGUGUGUCCUCAAAGAGUCAUUGCAUGGCCGGGAGCUGACCUGCGUGUGCCACGUUGGAACUCUGAGAGCAUUCAGGCAGGAGCUGGUCAGCGUCCUUGCCACAGGGAGCGAGGACAACACGGUCAACAUCCUAGCCUUUGGGGUGCAGUCCCACUUGAUGACCCAGCUCACAACCAUCAACGACCACAUCUCCAGUGUGAGGGCUCUGGCUGUGGCCAGGAACAAUAUCCCAUGUCAAGAGGCAGAAAGUAUCUCCACUGUGCUUUUCUCAGCUGGAGGCCGGGCCCAGAUUGAGUGCUACCGACUGCUGCUCAGCCCAAGUCACACGUCACGCAGUGGUGUAGCCUGUCAGCUGGCCCAUGUGGCAUCCCACCGCCUAGAUGAGCAAUGGGACCGCAUGAAGAAUAAACACAAGUGCAUCAAAAUGGAUCCAGAAACCAGGUAUAUGUCUGUUGUGGUGCUGGCUGGUGCUGAAAAUGCCAAGCUGCCUGGGCCUUCAUUCUUCCUUGCAGCUGCCUGCAGUGAUGGAUCUGUAAGACUUUUCCUGCUGCUGGAGCGUGUCCAGAAGCUGUGGCUUAUAGCAGAAUCCUUUCACCACCAGCACUGCGUCCUGAAGGUCCAGGCCUUUGUGCACCAGACUGCAGGUGGAAGAAGGCGACACUUCUUGGGCAGUGCAGCCACAGAUGGGAGCAUUGCAUUUUGGGACAUCACUGAUACCCUCAACCUUGCUGCUGAGGUCAUAAGGGCAGAAAGCAAAGAGCUGGAGCUCCUGGCCCUGGGAACUCCAGUGUUGACUACUCAGGCUCACAGCUGUGGGGUGAAUAGCCUCCACAUCCAGGAAAUGGCAGGUGGGCAUUUCUUUGUUGCCAGUGGCAGUGAUGAUGGUUCCAUCUCGCUCAGCAUUAUUGAUGUGAAUGCCAAAAGCACCGCUGGUGGGCAGUCUGUUGCUGGGACUGGCAUCUGCAUCCUCAGAACAUUCUCAAGGCUUGGAGCCCACGCAGCUCAUGUGACGGGCCUGAAACUCCUACCCAAAGACUUCCUCCUUUCUGCUUCUGUGGACCAGCGCCUGACACUCUGGCACUUUUGUGAGGAUAGUCUGUCUUUUGUCUGCAGCAAGUUCUGCCAUGUGGCUGAUGUGGCUGCCCUGGAAUGCUGGGAAAUAGAGGGGUGCAACUAUGGCAGUGUGUUAUGUGGCCAGGGUCUGGAAGUACUCUCUUGCAGCCUGAAGGAACAAGGUGCAGAAAUAAAUGGUGGUGGUGUGAGAGUAUGAAGUUAUUUAAUUGGGUGGGAAAUGCCAAAAAGCAGGUAUGUUUGUCAUCCAGGCAGAAAGGCAUCACACUGUAGCAGCCAGGGCCAUAAGAAGCCUUUUGGGAAAGGCUGCUUCCAUGGCAGUUGAACAGAUACUGUUGGCUUUCUGACAUCAGUAGGUGUCUUUGAAAUAUGUCCUGACAUCCAACCUCUCCUUUUGAACACUGAGGUGGAAUCAAAACUUUGAAAGUUACCUUUUUGCACCAACUCCCAGAAUCCCCCAGUCAACAUGGCUAGGGGAUCCUGGGAAUUUCAAUGUAAAAUGCUAACUUAUCCAGGAUGUGACUCCAAGGAACACGGGGUACUAUGUUAUGCCAAGUCAUACUCAGAAGGAGCGAUCAGGCAGACCCAGAAACAUCAGGGACUGCCUGAAGGAAGAGGCCCCUCACUCCUCAACUGUCACCUCGGCCUCAGAGGGAGCGAUCAGGCAGACCCAGCAACAUCAGGGACUGCUUGA